AUGACGAACUUCCAAAUCCAAUUCAUCUCCGACACCAUCUGUCCCUGGUGUUACGUGGGCUACCGCCGUGUCUCAAGGGCGAUAGCAACCCACCAAGCCCUCUACCCAGCAGACACAUUCAGUGUCCACUGGAAAGCCUUCUAUCUCAACCCAGCGGGAGCCGCCUAUCCCGGCGUGAACAAGAGAGAAAUGUAUGCCCAGAAAUUCGGGGCCGGACGCACCGAAGCCAUCUUCGCGCGUCUGACUGCUGCGGCUGAAGGGGAUGGUAUCAAAUUCAGCUUUGGUGGGAAUACCGGGUCGACCCGGGACUCGCAUCGACUGCUUUGGUAUGCCGGGCAGAAGGAGGAGGGGAUCCCUCCCAGUGGUACUGUGGGCGGGCUGCAGACCCGUGUUGCGGAACAGUUGUUCCGUGCGUACUUUGAGGAGGAGAAGAAUAUUACUGAUUUGAAGGUGCUGGUUGAGGCGGGUGUUGGGGCUGGGUUGGAUCGAGAGGAGGUGAAGAAGUUGCUUGAUGAGGAUGUUGGAGCUGAGCAGGUUGAUCUGGAGGCGAAGACGGCGGCUAGACGGCUUGUCUCUGGUGUGCCGUACAUCUCGGUCCAGGGGAAGUAUCAUGUUGAGGGGGCUGAUGAGCCAGAGACAUUCUUGGAAAUCUUUGAGAAGGUCAAGGCGGAGGAAUAG